AUGGCUUCCAAUGAGAUAGUCUUCAUUACGGGAAAUGUAAACAAGCUGAACGAAGUUCGUAUGCUUUUGGCGAACGAUGGAGCUCAGAAGCCCUCGUUUACGAUCAGAAACAUGAACUUGGAUCUAGAAGAAGUUCAAGGCGCAAAUCUCGAAGAAAUCGCACUGACCAAGUGCAAAGAAGCCGUACAGAAAUUGCCAACGGGUCAAGCGGUGUUUGUUGAGGACACGGCGUUGUGCUUCGAUGAGUUCAAUGGGCUCCCAGGUGCAUACAUCAAAUGGUUUGUGAAGAGCAUGGGAGUCGAAAAAGUCGCACAGAUGUUGAACGGAUUUGAGAACCGAGGCGCGAAAGCGGUGACCACGGUUGUGUAUGCGGACAACAAGGGCGAAUUCCACACGUUCCAGGGUAUCACUGCCGGUACGAUCGUGAACACGCCGCGUGGGUCUCGUACGUUUGGUUGGGAUUGUAUUUUCCAGCCCAAUGAGGGCAGCGGAGAGACCUAUGCAGAGAUGGCCAAAGAACAGAAGAAUUUGAUUUCACAACGGGGUCGCGCUUUUGCGAAGUUGAAGAUGCAUUUGCAAGGUAAAUCCUAA